UUGUUCGUUUUGGGAAUGGACUAUUUACUAUAAAAAGCGUUGGAGCGUAUGAAUGUAGUAAUUAUGUGUAAUUAUUAGAUGUCAGCGCUUAAGAAGAACACGUGAAUGCAACAAAAGUUCAGUCAACACAGUGGUGACAUCUAUGACAAUGGACGCGAAAAAGAGCAGCAAGGACAAAAGUUUUGCUCUAGACCCAGGGGGGGCCGGGCCAGCACAAGAUGCCCCAUUUAACCAAAUCCCAGAGAAAAUGAUCGGCAGAGAGCUGACUGAACAGGGCCGCUUUGCUUUUGCUGCAUUGUGCGGUGUCUCUCUGGGCCAGUUAUUUACUGGACCUGAAAACAGUGUGUUCAGGGAGCAGUACCUGCUGGGUUUGGUCCACUGGCUGGACCUAGAUGAGUCGGUGAUGCCGGUAAUGGGGGCUUUCCUGUCAGGCUUGGGCUUUGAGGGGUCCGACACCUUUCUGUCCAUCCUACAAGCUGAACCUCUGCUGGCUACAGGGGCCAACCCCAUCAUACAGGAUCUGGUGACUUUUUCUGUCAAGGACGGCCAGUAUGAUGCCAGAGCCAGGGUUCUCAUCCGUCAUGUCAGCUGUCUGCUACGAGUCUCACCACAGCAGCUGGAGGAGUUUGAGGAAACACUAGGAGAGCAGCUGAGGGAAGGAGGAGAGGAGAGCGAAGAAGAGUCCUCUCGGCGGCUAAAGAGAGAAAGAAGACGAAGGUUACGACGGUACCUCCUUAUCGGACUGGCCACUGUGGGCGGAGGAACUGUGAUUGGUUGUGCAGGUGGACUGGCAGCCCCCUUGUUGGCAGUGGGGGCUGGUGCUGUGCUGGGGGCUGGAGGGGCUGCUGCUCUGGGCUCAGUCACUGGCAUCGCAAUCAUGGCCUCUCUGUUUGGAGCAGCAGGGGCUGGGCUGACUGGCUACAAGAUGAAAAAGUGUGUCGGGGUCAUAGAGGAAUUGAAUUAAUUUGAAUUCCUGCCACUAAGCUCUGGGAAGCAUCUUCACCUGACCAUUGCAGUGACAGGUUGGCUAUGCAGUGGUAAAUACAGUUCGUUCCAGGCCCCGUGGUGCAGCCUGGGCAAGUGUGGAGAACAGUACUGCCUUGUGUGGGAGUCCCAUUUCCUCAGGGAACUGGGCUCGGCCAUGACAUCCCUGUUGGAUGGGUUGAUCAGCAUUGUGGCCCAGGAAGCCCUCAAAUACACAGUGCUCUCAGGCAUCGUGGCAGCUCUGACAUGGCCUGCGGCUUUGCUGGCCGGAGCCAGCGGUAUUGUUUUGAGAAGCAGACAGCAGGGGAAACGCCCUGUCAAUCUCAUAGGUUUCAGUCUUGGGGCCAGAGUUAUCUACUACUGUCUACAGGAGCUUGCCAGUGACCAAGGUAGUGAAGGAGUAGUGGAGGAUGUGGUCCUCUUGGGGGCCCCAGUGGACGGCUCAGAAAAGGCCUGGGAGAGAAUGGCCAGGGUAGUGGCUGGAAAAAUAGUAAAUGGAUACUGCAGAGGGGACUGGCUCCUGGGAUUCUUGUAUCGGAGUUCAGCUGCACAACUGUCUGUUGCUGGGCUACAGCCAAUCAAUAUCCAGGAUCGGCGUGUAAUCAAUGUGGAUCUUUCCUCCGUGGUGAAAGGUCACUUGGACUACAUGCGUCAGAUGGACACCAUCUUGGUGGCAGUAGGAGUUCCCACCAAAGAGGUCCCAGGAGCCUCCUUUGCUCUUCGUCAGUCUGGAACAGUUACAAAGGGGACAGUGGACAACCCUGACACAACCCUCAAUGAGCAACAAGUGACUGAGACACAGAAUGAAACAGCUGAGACUUGUACAGAAGAAAGUGGACACAUGACAGAGGUGGCAGACACAGAGGAAAUUGGUGAUGGUUGGGAUAUCCCUGAUAUUUCAGAACUGCUGGACACUUUGAAUGACACAGAAUCAGAAAAUCUAAUCACUGUGAGGAACAGUUUGCCACUUAGCUCUGAGGAGAAUGCAACCAAUAACAACUUGUCACCUGCUCUUAACACCCAGCAGUGUGAUGACGUAGCGGAGUCCGCCCCAGAUACGCACCCGACUUCAGCACACACACACACAAACAAAAGUGGACAAACUUGUAAAGAGCAUGUUACAGGACCGGCUGCUUCCUUGUAAACUCUCAUCUUCUCAAGUGUUUUUUUCAGGAUCAAAGCUGGAGGAAAAUAUUCAUUCCAUUCUCAAACACAGACAUGCCAGAGACAGCUCAAGAGACAAUGCUCACAUAUGGCUGCUUAUUAAAGUGAAAAGCCCCAGAAUCAAUUGCUUUGUUUAAACACUAAGUAUAUUAAAUCAAUGACCAUUUCAAAUUCUGUGACUAGAUUUUAACAAAAUGUAAAUAGUUGUAAUUUAUUUUCUAAGCUCACUGUGAAAUACCAGUACAUAUUGCUUGUGUUUUGUAGGUUUUAGUGGAUGCUACAAAAUAGGUGAUAUCUCUGUUUGUCCUUCUAAUUUUCAUCUGUUGCCUGGUUGCUAUGGAUAUUAUCACAGUAAUUUGAUUUCCAUAAAGCUGGGGGCACUUCAGUGACUGGCCUUUUCAAGGCCAUUCCUUUCUCUCUUCCACUUUCACCGAUGUGAAAGAGUUUACAUCGCUUACGCUGUACACUAGCACUGAUAACUGGUAAUAAUCUUAACCCUGACUGUUUUGUUUUAGUGAUGAACAUACAGUAUAUUCAUUUUCCAAACACUGUUCAUAAUUGAGAAGAAACAAGGAUGGAGCCUACUGACCGUUCAUGGACAUUUUUCUAAGAAAUAUGAUUCUUCUUUUAUUUCACUUCAGCCUAACCCUCUCAACUAACAGAGAGUAAAUCAUGAAUUGUUAUGAGUCUCA